CCGCUGUGUGUACGGGUGUUGCCAGGAGACCAGCUAUCUCCUCUGUCACGUCAGGCGACUGGAUAGUGAGAGGGAAAUGAGCAGAACGGGACAGGCCAGAGCCAUAGUGGCUGAUUCUGUAACCCACGCGGCGUGCAUCAUUCAAACUCUCGGAAUAAAUAAGCCCAGAGCUGAAGGGAAUAAACUCUGGUGUGGCUCCGCCGCUGCACAAGCAAUGAUGCUGCAUCUGGCUGUACUGUUCUGCCUACCUUUCCUCGUCACAGCCGCUCCCGCCGCCUUGGAGGCUAAAAGUGAGUCAGAUGGUUUUGUGAAGGUGGUUGACUUUGACAGCCUUCCCUUGAAUUAUCAUGAUGAGGAGAAUGAAGAAGAGUUGGUUGGAGACAAAAUUUUCCACAAAUAUGAAAAAAUUGAUAAGGAAACUGAUGAUAUCACCGGAGAUACAAUCCUUUCAGAGAGAGAGGUUAUUGAGGAAGAUGAUGACGAUUUUCCUGAAAAGAGGGUGGGGAUGUAAAAAUCGAGGAAAAAGUAAUCGAACCUCUUCAUUGGCAGCAGUGAACAAUAACAUUAAUAACGGCAGCUUCAAACAACAGCAUAAGGACUGGUGAAUUGACUAGUGCGAGUGAUUUUUAUACUUCCAUUUAUAUUCAAUAUACUCAGGGUGAAAGAUCCAUCCAUUGUUAUUUUAUAAUAGGCAACAUUUGAAAUAAAUAAAUUUUACUCUGUAAAAAUAUAUGGCAUGUGAAAACAUUUUAAUGUCUGGGUCCCACAGGACCCAACUCCCGGACCCCAUAAAAUGAAAAGUAAAGUCAAAGUUUGUUGGAGAUGCUAAUGAUCAAAAUAAAUAGCACUGAUACCAAUAAAGAUAUAUACAAUAACAA